AGUGGAUGUGGAUUGGAGCUGAAUCUGGCGGUCUUUACCGGCCAGCUUCGCGCGUCCAGAGUUGAAAACGAAGGUCGGUUUGAUUGGUUCGAUACGCAAGGCGAAUGGGAGGGAGCUGAAGAGUCAUGAGUCGGCUAGGCUUCAAGCUGGCUUCGGAAAUAGGCGAUUUGUAAACUGAACUGUACUGGACCCACAAGCUCGAGCUAGCUAAGGAUUAUAUAUAUAUUCUGAUGUAUAUCAGAUGGAUCGAAGGAUGCGGACGGCGUUGCAUCCAGGUUCGUUCUCCUAUCUCCUUGUAUAUACAGUUGCACCACUGCUCUUCAAUGAUUGUCUGGAGAUCGAGAGACAAUCAAUCGCAUACACCACAAUUCGAUCGCCCCCUUCCCAAAGACUUCUCUCUCAAGGAAUUUGUAGAGGGAGAGAGAGAGAGAGAGAGAUGGAAGGAAGUUCCGUGUAGACAAUGAGCAUGGGGAAGAAGAAGGAGAAGGAGCCGGAGCCGUUUCAUGUGAUUCACAAGGUUCCUUCAGGCGAUGGCCCUUAUGUUCAGGCCAAGCAUGCUCAGCUGGUAAAGAAGGAUUUGGAAGCGUCAAUAGUUUGGUUUUGGAAGGCAAUAAACGCAGGAGAUAGAGUAGACAGUGCUCUCAAGGACAUGGCAGUGGUGAUGAAGACUCUGCAUAGAGGUGAAGAGGCCAUUGAAGCUGUCAAAUCCUUCAGGGGUCGCUGCUCCAAACAAGCCCAGGAAUCACUCGACAACGUCCUCAUUGACCUGUACAAGAAAUGUGGGAAAGUAGAUGAACAAAUACUGCUGCUAAAGCAGAAGCUGAGGUCGAUAUACCAAGGAGAGGUUUUCAAUGGGAAACCCACCAAAACUGCUCGUUCUCAUGGCAAGAAGUUCAAGGUUACUGUCAAGCAAGAAACUUCCAGGCUGCUGGUAAUCAUAUUGCUCUUCUUAAUUACUUCUCUCUUGUUCUCUGCUAUUCUUGCCGGCAAUUGGACUUGUUAAAUGUUUUGAACAAUAAACUAAUGUCACUCUAGGCUAUGUUUGGAACUAACUAUGUAGUUAGAAAUUAAUGCUGAAUGAUGAUUCUCUAAUCUAAUGACUAAUGUCACUCGCAUCAAAAUGUGUAAAAUUAUCCUUUUUCUUGGGCUUUGUUUGGAACAAGGGCUUUCUUAUUGGAAAAAGAAGAAAUGGCCAUACAUUUUACAUGUACAUAAAAAUCUCUGUCUUCCUUUGUUCUAUUCAUUGCUCAAACCCUAGCUUCACAUGUAGCAUUAAUCUAUGGGAAAUACUAUAGCCACAAACAGGUUUGACUAAAAACUAACAUGGCACGGGAUAGCACUGAUAGCACUGAGUUCACAAUAAUGGAUAGAGAAUUCAAAAUACUUUUAUUAGGGAAAGUCAAUCAUUUUCUAAAGGGAUC